CUAACUAGCACAGAGCAAGAAACAGUUACUGACGAGACCCUCUCCUGCAGAAGGUAACCUGGAACAUUGCUAUCUGUAUACCCAAGAACACCCAUUUCUUCCCAUAGCACAUGGGACCUUCUUGCUCAUGGCAUAUUUCUUGCCAUAUGGCAUAUUUCUCAAAAACCAUCCCUACUGAAUCCAAGGUUUUACUCUUAAUAUUUUAGCCAUGUCUUAUUUACAGGGUUACAUGAGGACAUUUUUUAUGCAAGUUCACAAUGUACUUUGAGCAUAUUCUCACAUGUACCCCUGCACCCCACGAUCUUCCAGGGUCACAUUGUUACCAGUGUGUCUCAUCCACAUUCAGUCUGAAAUUCCGUCUCCCAGGUCCUAGUGAGCAUCAUUCUCAUGACUCAGAGCCUCAUCUCCAAGUCCAUACCAAGUCUAGUAAAGGUAAGGCAAGUGCGUGGCUGCCUGAAUCCUGGCAGUUACAGCCUUACACUGUCAUUUCUGUGUCACUUCUUUGGUCACUAAAUGCUCUAAAUUCUUUCCAAGAGAGCAUGCUGGAAGAAUUCACUUUGUGGAUUCAGAACCUAUGAAUGGCAACACCAACGCCCCGCCCCUCACUAGCUUCACCAAAGGUUUUCUCACACAUACCUAGCACUCAAAAACCAUGUCAUCCCUAAUACCGGAGACACGAGGCCAGACUGUUCUCCCAGAGGCCAAAAAGCAAUUAAAACAUCCUUCAUAUCGCCCUAGAGUCCUGAGCAGAGAGAAGCCUGGCUACACGGGCAAGUUCAGAUUAAUGCUGAAGAGGACAAGAUGGCUUCUGCAGCUGGGAGCAUCAUCUUUCUAGAGGGCAUCUCAUGGAGAAUCUGAGCAAAGCCCCAAGACUCUGGGCUCUUGACGCACACCCCUUGGGCCUGCUACACAAGGCUAGUUAAUAAAAUACUUCUCCAGCUAGAGCUGCCAGUGGUUUACUGAUGUGAUUAAGGUGCCCAAGGGAUGAAUGGAAGAUAAGAAAAGUAGUCAACAUCACAGUAGAUCAUUGCUCAGCCUUUAAAACAGAAAUCCUGAUAGAUGCUACGACAGGAACGCCUCUUAAAGAUUGCACCAAGUGAAACACGCCUAACGGGACACUGGUACAAGGUGACUCCACUUAAGGCAUAUGUGGAGGUUUGAGUGAAAAAUGCCCCCAUAGGCUCGUGUAUUUAAAUAUUGGUCCUCUGUGCGUGAGGUUGUCUGGGAACGUUAUGGAACCUUUAGGAGGUGCUGGACAAAGCAAGUCACUGGAAGCAGGCCUUACAAGCAGGCCUUACAGCCUUACCCUACUUCUAGCUCUCCCUUUGCUUCCUGUGUGUACUUGAGAUUUGAUCUCUCAGCUUCCUGUUCAGGUUCUCAUGCCUCCCCUGCCAUUAUGAACUCUCUCUCCAGAACCGUAAGCUCAAAUAAACUUUCUGUAGUUACUGUAUUUUAUCACAGCAACACUAAAGUAGUAAUACAUCAGGGAAGCUCACAGAGACAAAGUAGAGGCUGACAGGGUUAGGGGAGGGGUGUUGUUUAGUGAGCAUAGACUUUCUAUCUGGAAGGCAGCAACUGAGAAAGCUAAUCACACUGACCAGUUAAACUGGUCCAGAAGCUAGAAAGAAAAAGAAAGAGGAAGGGGUCCCAGGAAAGGACCUGAUGGUGACUUCUGGGAGCUGAGAGCAAGCCUUCAAUUACGUCAGUAAGGAUGCAGGAAUUUCUGUCUUAGACCCUCAAGACUGGAUAUUGAAAACCACCUAAGGGCUGGAGAGAUGGCUCAGUGAUUAAGAGCACUCACUGCUCCGGUCCCAGGCACUGCAGGAGCUGCGGCUUACCGUGCAGACAUGGCCAAGUCCAAGAACCACACCACACACAACCAGUCCCGCAAAUGGCACAGAAAUGGCAUCAAGAAACCCCGGUCACAAAGAUACAAAUCUCUUAAGGGGGUCGACGCCAAGUUUCUGAGGAACAUGCGCUUUGCCAAGAAGCACAACAAGAAAGGCCUGAAGAAGAUGCAGGCCAACAAUGCCAAGGCUGUGAGUGCACGAGCAGAGGCCAUCAAGGCCCUCGUGAAGCCUCAGGCUGUCAAGCCCAAGAUGCCAAAGGGCUCCAGCCGGAAACUCAGCCGUCUGGCUUUCAUCGCUCACCCCAAGCUUGGGAAGAAGAUUCGAAACUACAUGGCCAAGGGUCGUAGGCUCUGCCAACCCAAACCCAAGGUUCAAACCAAGGCAGAGGCCAAAGCUCCAGCUAAGGCCCAGGCCAAAGCUCCAGCCCAGGCUCCCAAGGGUGCCCAGGCCCCUGUGAAGGCCCCAUAGAACAGGCUCCUGCCGGUGUGAAGACAGAUGGACUGCUGGGACACAACCACCUACACACUAUCUGCAGAUGACCAGUGUCCUAUGCUGUUUUUACAAAUAAACUUGAGACAAGAUCUGUUAAAAAAAAAAAAAAAAAAAAAAAAAAAAAGGGGGGGCUGGAGAGAUAGCUCAGCGGUUAAGAGCACUGACUGCUCUUCCAGAGGUCCUGAGUUCAAAUCCCAGCAACCACAUGGUGGCUCACAACCAUCUGUAAUGGGAUCCAAUGCCCUCUUCUGGUGUGUCUGAAGACAGCUACAUGUAUAUAACAAAUAAAUAAAUCUUAAAAAAAAAAAAAAAGA